AAUAGGGACGGGCGGGCCGCUCCAGUCGUCGAGCCGCGCAGAGCCAACCUGAGCCACGCCAAACGGUGCCGAGCGAGGCGGCAGGACCCGAAGCACCCAUGCUGCUGACGCUGGCCUGGGGCUCCCUCUUCUUCCCUGGGCUUUUCGCGCUCUGCACCUGGGUGCUGCGCCGCUCGCGGCUGGAAUGGACCGACACCGACUACGUGACGAUCAGCACCAGGUUGGUUUCUUCAGUGCAGGCUGUGCUGGCCACGGGGUCAGGGAUCAUCAUCAUCCGCUCCUGUACCGACGUGAUCAGAGACAGGCACUGGCUUGCCCGAGAAUAUGUCUGGUUUUUGAUUCCAUACAUGGUCUAUGACUCCUACGCCAUGUACCUCUGUGAGUGGUACCGAACCAGAGACCUUGGACACUCCACCACUAUUCGAAACUUCCUGAGUCAAAACCGCCUCAUGAUUACACACCAUGCAGUCAUUUUGUUUGUCCUUGUGCCAGUCGCACAGAGGCUCCGGGGAAACCUUGGGGACUUCUUUGUUGGCUGUAUCUUCACAGCAGAACUGAGCACUCCCUUUGUGUCACUGGGCAGAAUUCUGAUUCAGCUAAAGCAGCAGCACACUCUCCUGUACAAGGUAAAUGGAAUCUUGACGUUGGCCACCUUCUUCUGCUGUCGGAUCCUUCUUUUUCCGUUCAUGUACUGGUCCUAUGGUGAACACCAGGGACUAAGCCUACUCGAGGUGCCAUUCAAUAUCCCUUUUUACUGCAACGUAGCCAAUGCCUUCCUCAUCGCUCCCCAGCUCUACUGGUUCGCUCUGCUGUGCAAGAAGGCAAUCCGGCUCUUUGGUGCCCAAGCCAAAAAGGAUAGUUAAUUGCUCCCACAAGUCAGGCAGUGAGGGCACCUCAUCACACUAGCUGUCUCCUCAAUGCAGUAUUCCAUGGACCAAACUGUGCCCUGGGUGGCCUCUGGCAUUUGGGGAUUGAUAAGCAGACGGAUUUGAGAUUUUCUAAAAAAUAUUCCUAUUACCUCCUCCUUCUAACCUGCCCUUUUGCAAAAGCACUUUUUUCUUGGUUACAACUAUUGGAUCUUGUCAGACCUUCAUUGGCAGCAAGGUGGCUUUAAUUACAAGCCUGAGGAUUCUUCCUUGGUUCUUAUCUCAAGAGUUCUGGGAAGUCAACUCAUGGAAUGUGAAGAUUGAUGGACCAGGUUAAUCAGUGCCUGGGCACCCACCUUUCCAACCACUCAGGGCAAUAUCCACAGUACUGGGCCGGCAGAAGCAAGGGAUGACUUGGUUCUUGAAAUAAUGUAUUCUUGCAGUGUUGGCCUGGGAAAAUCAUCGUGGGUAUGUAGUUUUUUAUUGUUUACUACGUAGCCCAUUACUGUCCUUUGCCUCAUGUCUCAUUGUGUCAACAUGGAAUUCUUUUGUUUACUGACUUCCAACCACAAGUUUCACUUGGCAGUGGGUAGGACACAGGGCUGGGAAUGUGAAGCACUUAAGUGGGUCUGGAGGCAGUAGAAGUCAGCUGGAUGUUUACAGGCUGACUUGGUAGAAAAACCAGGCUCAUACUUAUGAGCUUGUUGCAAGAAGUCACAAGUACUGUUCCCCUUUUAGCAUGACCCCUCAUGCACAGCUUUCCCUAUAUCUGUAUGUAUAGGAUGCUUUCAUAAAAACUAGAGGGGCAAAGUGAAAUGAUCGUCCCAGUAGCUAUUUACUAGGUAAUUCCAUCUGACAGUCCUUUUCCUAUAAAGUGGAAACGGACUUCUAUACUCCAAACCAAGGAAUGUCUCAUCCUAGACCAUAGAGUACUUUUCCCAGAGCCUCCUAAGAAGCCAGAACCUCUUUCCAUUUUGAGUAUACUGCCAUUUAGCUCCAGAGGCUAGUGAGUAAGAGGGCAGCCAGCCUGGCCAAGGCACGACCUGUAGAUCGACCCCUUCACCCCCAUUUGCAAAUAGGAUUCUCUGGUGCCAACACUAAUCAUUCCUUAUCAACUGAGAUGGGUUUCACUCUGCUAUCAUGACUUUUUUCAAGUGGUAGUAAAAAUCUAGAAUUUUUAAAAGUGCCCUUUAAUUCAUUGUCCAUGAACUUUAAAGGACUGAGUAUGUCUCCAAUUUUGACUGUUUCAGUCUUGAAUAGGUGCCAUUUAAAAUGUAAA